UUUUUCAGCGGGAGAUUUUCUACGAUCAAAUGUAACAACAACCUGCCAAUGAAGUGGAUCCAUCUAAUGCAAUCCGUCGUUUUUCUUUGGCUUCCAGUCAUUCUAUGUUAAUCCGAUGGAAUCUUCUCUCUUUAUAUUGACAGAUCCCACCUUCCAAUUCAGAGUCAACGCAAUGCAAUCAAUUUAAGAUAACGUCGGCAGGAUUUUUUCCUCUGUAAUGACUGACACUCGUGUACGUUGUUCAUGUUCUAGUUGUUUCACUAUUACGCAAAGCUUCGCCAUUCUUAGUUCCGCCAUUGCCGAAACUGAGGAAUCCGCUGUGCAGCGUCUGAAUACCCAGAGCUAUGAACUUUCACCGCUUUAUUCGCGAUGGGAGUUGAUUGUUUGAUAUAAUGCGAGAUUUCCGUGCUGAUUUGUGUGGUCAUCUGUUCUGAUACGGAAGCACCUCAUUGGCUGGGCGAUGGAUUUUGAUUUCUGUUUGAGGUAAAAAGUACUUGGGAUGUUCUUUGUCUCUGAUCAUCAUCAACUUGGCUGCGAUAAUGGAGCGUGCAGAUGAAAAUCUCCUUCCAGCUGUUUACAAAGAAGUCAGUGAGACUUUCAAUGCAGGGCUGUCUGAUUUGGGUUAUCUUACAUUUAUAAGGAACUUUGUCCAAGGAUUGUCAUCACCCUUAGCGGGCGUUUUAGUCAUAAACUAUGACCGGCCGACAGUUCUUACGUUAGGGAUAUUUUGCUGGGCUUUCUCAACUGCUGCAGUUGGUGCAAGCCAGUAUUACAUGCAAAUUGCAUUUUGGAGAGCGCUAAAUGGUUUUGGAUUGGCAAUAGUAAUACCAGCUCUACAAUCGUUUAUUGCAGAUAGCUAUAAGGAUGAUGUAAGGGGCACUGGAUUUGGAUUUUUAUCUCUUAUUGGAAGUUUUGGGGGCAUAGGUGGAAGUGGUAUAGCAACGGUUAUGGCUGGCACAGAGUUCUGGGGAAUUCCUGGAUGGAGAUGUGCCUUUAUUCUAAUGGCAACAAUUAGUUCAUUGAUUGGCUUGCUCGUUUUUUUGUUUGUUGUUGACCCAAGGAAUACGACUAACUUUACUCACGAUUCUAGUGAGAAUCUAGAAAGAGAUGCUCUGGUAGAGAAGGGAAGUAACACGAGAUCAACUUGGAUGGAGUCUUGGAAAGCAACAAAAGCUGUGAUAGUAGUGCAAACUUUUCAAGUAAUUGUAUUGCAGGGAAUCAUCGGUUCACUACCAUGGACAGCCAUGGUGUUCUUCACUAUGUGGUUUGAACUUUUGGGUUUUGAUCACAAUGGUGCAGCAACUCUAAAUAUCAUUUUCGCUGUUGGGUGUUCUGUGGGAUCCCUUCUUGGAGGUGUCAUAGCAGAUAGAAUAUCUCGAGUCUACCCCCAUUCUGGUCGUAUCAUGUGUGCACAAUUCAGUGCUUUUAUGGGCAUUCCUUUCUCCUGGUUUCUUCUCAGAGCAAUCCCUCAGUCAGUCAACAGCUGGUUCGCCUACUCCAUUGCCUUACUUCUGAUGGGCUUAACUAUCAGUUGGAAUGCCACUGCAACGAAUGCCCCAAUGUUUGCUGAAGUGGUCCCAGCCAAGCACCGGACCAUGAUCUAUGCAUUCGAUCGUGCCUUCGAGUUAUCCUUAUCCUCUUUUGCAGCUCCACUAGCUGGGAUUCUUUCUGAGAAGAUAUUUGGCUACGAUAAUAAGACUGUGGAUCCCGCUAAAGGAUCAGCGGAUGGAGCCUUCGCUCUAUCAAAGGGGCUUCUCUCGAUGACAGUAGUGCCGUUUGGUUUGUGUUGCUUGUGUUACACACCACUGUACAAGAUGUUCAAACGGGACAGGGAAAAUGCAAGAAUGGCGAGUUUGAAGGCGGAGGAGGUGACAUGAAGCUUCUGUUCGUCAGGACUCUGGUUGAAUUAUAGGAACAGAAUUAAUUGGGUCUGUAAUUACGCUCUAAUUUUUUCCAUGCUAAACUUCUUCGCCGAAGUGUGAAGUCUUAUCUGGCCCAAAAGCCUGAAGUUUCACGAGUCACAAUUACUUUGGUGACUUUGGAGGCUCUGUAGGAGACUUCUCACUAAAGUUAAGCUUAACAGAUCUUGACUUCAUCAA